AUGUUUGGACGUUCUCUUCUUGCCAUUAAUUUGGCUAACAAAUCUCUUACCUCUUCUGUAAGACGUCAAAUCCACAAAGGUGUUGAUAGUACUCCACCAAUGCGUUACAUUUCAAACAGCAAGAAAAUUGCUCUUUACCUUUUCAUUGUUGGAAGUUUUCUUUCCUACCCAUCUUAUGUUUUGUCUAAUAUGGAUAACCUUCGUAAAAAACCUGAUAACGAACUCGAGCCAUCUGUUGUUGAGCAACUUGAAGCACGCAAAGCUGCUAGAAAAGAUGGAACUUUUAAACCUUUCCAAUAA